UUAUUGACUCAGAUGGUUUACAUGUUGACCUUUGUUUAAUUACUUUGUACUAUCUUCUUACGACAUACAAUACACUCGUUGUAAGCGUUAACUCCUCUUAUCUGCUAAUCAUGAUGAUGAUAUGAAUUAUAGUGAUUUGAGUUUACACAAAAAUUGUUGAUAUUCUUUACUAUCCUAGUAUUUACAAGGAAUUCGGUAACCAUGAGUGAGCGUCCGCAGCCAUUGAAGGCUAUCAACCGUUUCUUCGAGGGUAAGGAGCCAUGGCAGGUGGCCACUAUGACAGCCACAUCAGUUCUUGCAGUAGUUUGGGCACACAGUCUCUACAAUGGCAGAGAGAGUGUUGCAACAAGAUUGAGGAAAGAGUUCUUCCGUUGGUUACGUCAAGUGCCUAUGGUGAGACGUAAAAUUGAAGAAAAGAUGGCGGAAAUUAAACGCGACUUUCAGAAGGACAUCACCAAGCGAUUGGCCGGAGUGACCAUCAGACGUGAACUACCAAGUACUGGUCUCUCAGCUGAACAGAUCGCUGAGGAGAUUAAGGAUCAUGUUGCACUGGGUACAUACGAUUGGCGUGGCGGGAGCGUAUCUGGUGCUGUGUACCAUCUCAGCGAAGAGAUAGCCAAGGUUGCUUGUGACGCGUACGCUCUCACCGCGUACACGAACCCUUUGCAUGCCGACGUCUUUCCCGGAAUUAACAAGAUGGAGGCAGAAGUCGUCCGUAUGGCGGUCAACCUUUUCCAUGGCGAUGAUGAAUGCUGUGGGACCGUGACAACAGGUGGUACGGAGUCAAUUAUAAUGGCUUGUAAGGCGUUCCGUGACUUAGCCGUCAGUAAGGGCAUCAGCAACCCUCAGAUAGUGGUACCUUCUACUGUACAUUCAGCGUUUGAUAAGGCCGCACAGUAUCUCAAUUUGUCGGUGGUCACAGUGCCAGUAUCUCCCGAAACAUAUACAGUGGAUGUAGACGCGGUUAGAAAUGCAAUCGGUAGGAGGACUUGUUUGAUCGUAGGUUCAGCUCCUAACUACCCGUACGGUACAAUGGAUGACAUAGUGUCGUUGUCAGAGAUAGCUGUGGAGUGCGGAGUUCCGCUGCACGUUGACGCAUGUUUGGGAGGUUUCCUGGCAGCGUUUAUGCCUGACGCAGGAUAUGAUGUACCACUGUUCGACUUCAGACUGCCAGGUGUGGCUAGCAUAUCUGCUGAUACGCAUAAGUACGGGUACGCGCCGAAAGGUACGUCGGUGGUGUUGUACCGGAAGGCGGAGUACCGACAUUGUCAGUACACCGUGACUACAGAGUGGCCCGGCGGCGUGUACGGCUCACCCACUGUCAAUGGCAGCCGCGCUGGCGGACUGAUAGCUGCGUGUUGGGCCACCAUGAUGUAUGUGGGCCGCGAGCGUUACGUUCAGAUGGCUGAUGAAAUUAUCACAACAGCUAGAUAUAUCGAGGAAGAGAUACGUAAGAUCGAGGGUCUUUUCGUGUUUGGAAAACCGGUGACCAGUGUGGUAGCGUUCGGCUCCAAACAGUUCGACAUUUUCAAGUUUGCUGAACUCCUGCAUAAGAAAGGAUGGGCACUUAACGCACUGCAGUUCCCUUCAGGGGUGCACAUUUGCGUGACGCACGCGCACACGCAGGCGGGCGUGGCGCAGCGCUUUGUGACGGACGUGCGCGCUGUGGCCGCUGAAUGCAGGAACAUGGCCGGCGGUGAACCUGUGCAGGGGAAAAUGGCAAUCUACGGCGUGGCACAAGAGAUUUCUGACAGAAGUUUGGUUUCUGACAUUACGAAGCACUUCAUUGACUCAAUGUACUAUUUACCUACUUCUGAUGACAAGUAGAUUUAUAUUGAUACAAAAUUGUGCAAUUUUU